CAAGGUCCCCAACGGCCACGCCGGGGUCCCCAACGGCCGUGCCAGUGUCCCCGGGGGGUGUGUUGGGGCCCCGGGAGGGGUGUGUCACUGUCCCCGGGGGGUGUGUCGGCGUGCCCGGCUAUGUGCCAAUGUCCCCAGGGCUCUGCCAUUGUCCCCGGGGAGCGGCGCCAGGUUCCCAGCGGCUGUGCCAGGACCCUGGGGGUGCCAGUGUCCCCGGGGGGGGGGUGUGUGUGUUUGUGGGGGUGUGUGUGUGCUGUGCCAGUGUCCCCCCAGUGCACGGACUGGGGUGCCGGCAGCGUGCCAUCGUCCCCAGGGGCUGUGCUGGGGACGGCCGGUGCGCACAGAUAAGGAGGUAGUGGGGGGGCGCGGUGCUGGGGGGACACACACACACACACACGAGCCACUAUCGGGUACCGGCAGCCCCGGGGGGGCCGGUAGGUGCUCCCGGGAGAUUAGUGCGGGGGGCCGGGUGUGCGGGGGGCCCAGGGUGUGCGCGGCUCACCCCGGGCACCCCGUGCCAGGGUCCAAACUCCGCGGCGGCGACGGUGACGGCGGGAGGGCCCGGCCUUGCGCAGGCGUGGAUGCCCCAGGCUGGGGACAUGGCGGGGGGGGGCGCGGGGGUGGCCAAGCGCCUGGCGACCCUCCUCUCGGGGCUGCUGGAGUGCGGAGCCUUCUGCGGCCUCAUCUUCGGCUGGGCCUCCCUCGUCUUCGUCCUCAAGGACCUGGGCUACUUCGGGGGCCUGUGCCAGCCCGCGGCCACCGCCGGCCCCAACCAGACCCUGCUGCCCGACUGCAGCCAGCAGGAUGAGCAGUUCUCCCUGGUCUUCACCAUCGGCUCCUUCAUGAACAACUUCAUGACCUUCCCCAUGGGUUUCAUCUUCGACCGCUUCGGCACCACCGUCGCCCGCCUCAUCGCCAUCUCCCUCUACACUGGCGGGACCCUGCUCGUCGCCUUCUCCACUCCAGAGCUGGCGGUGCUGCUCUUCCCGGCCAUGUCCAUGCUGUCAGUGGGCGGCAUCCUCCUCAUCCUCACCAACAUGCAGGUGGGCAACCUCUUUGGGAAGUACCGCUCCAUCAUCAUCACCCUCUACAACGGGGCCUUCGACUCCUCGUCUGCCAUCUUCCUCAUCAUCAAGGUGCUGUACGAGCAGGGACUGUCCCUGCGCGCCAUGUUCCUCUUCAUGGCGGCCUGCGGCGCCUGGCACCUCCUGCGCACCCUCUUCCUCAUGCCCCGCACCCACAUCCCCUACCCACUGCCCCCCGCCUACGACUACGGGCUGCGGUGCCCGGGCCGGUCCCGCUCGUACCGAACCUACGAGGAGAAGCGGGGGGGGGCGGGGCCCGAGGAGACCCCCCUGGAGCCGCGCGCGCUGCGAGGAGGCGGCGCCCCCCCCGGCGCGUCCUUCGUGGGCUGCGUGUGCUCGGCGCUGUUCGCGUGGCACGUGGUGUGGCUCUCCGUCAUGCAGCUGCGCCAUUACCUCUUCAUCGGCACCCUCAACCCCCUCCUGCACCUCCUGGCCCGCGGAGACCCCCACCAGGUGAGCACCUACACCAACGCCUUCGCCUUCACGCAGCUCUGCGGGGUGCUCUGCGCCCCGUGGAACGGCCUCAUCCUGGACCGGCACAAGCGGGACAGGACCCCCCGCCCCGACGGUCAUCAGCCGCUCCUUCCUCUACGGGGGCAACGCCGCCUUCCUGGCGCUGGCGUUCCCCCCCCAGCAUUUUGGGAAGCUGUACGGGCUGGCCAUGGCGCUGUCAGCGCUGGUGGCCCUGCUGCAGUACCCCUGCGUCGCAUUGGUGCGCGGCCCGCUCGGCGGGGACCCCUUCUACCUGAACUUGGGGCUCAUCGCUGUGGUGCUGGUGGCCUUCGUCAGUCCCGUGGUGGUGGCCCGCGAGUGCCGGCGGCGAGCCAAGGAGCUGGAGGCGGCUGGCACCCCCCUGGCAGCCCCCCCCGGCGCCGAGACCCCCACCGAGGCGCCCUGCUGAGCCCCACACCCCCCGCUGCCAGCCCAGCGCCUGCUGCACCCCGUUUUUCUGUUGGACUUGGGGGGGUGCUGUGCCGGUGGGAUGGGGUGUGUUUGGGGGGGAAGGGAAUAAACACCGAUGCUCCUGAUGCUCGCUGUGCUGCUCCCUCCCAGCACCUCCAGCCGCUGGGGCUUCUCCAGUGUGUGCUAUGGGGUUGAGCACCCCACUGCCUC